GUGGCUCCCAGCGUCGUUAGCGCCUGCUGGGAGUCUGCGCCGCCAGGGACUUGGAAAGGUGCGGUUCUGACAACAAUGGCUGUCACGGCGUUUGCUGCGCGAGUGCGGCUAGGCGUGUGGGGCGUUAGGGCCAUGCAGGCCCGAGGCUUCAGCUCCGAACGGUCAGAGGACUCCCGCGCGGGUUCGAUCCGGGAGGCCGGUGGGGCCUUCGGAAAGAGAGAACAAGCUGAAGAGGAACGAUACUUCCGAGCGCGCACUAGAGAACAACUAGCAGCCUUGAAGAAACACCAUGAAGAUGAGAUCAGUCAUCAUAUAAAGGAGAUUGAGCGUCUGCAGAAAGAAAUUGAGCGGCACAAGAAGAAGAUUAAACAUCUCAAACGUGAUGAGGAGGAAGAUGAUUAAAUGCACACAGUUCCCAUAGAAUGGCUAUGUAUUGUUGCUCACUUCUAUGUAAACAUAGUCCUGGUUUUAUUAAAUAUCUGUGUGCUGCCAACAGAUUACAAUAAAUUAUCAUCGGUGAA